CUACACACAGAAGUUGCCUAGUGAACUUUUAUUAUUUUCCACCCACUUUCAAAUCGAUAUUACACAGGAUGACCACACGCGUAUCCAGUGUACAUAUAUAAGAAAUUGCCUCUCACUACUUAAUGGUGUAGUGCUAGAUCUUGGACCUGGUUAUAUAUGGAGCAAUAUGGCAAUGAAGACCGAAUUUCUAUAGCCUAGCUCUAAUCACAAUUACAAAUAAAAUAAUUGAACACUAAGAAGACCGCUAAAGAGGAGAGGAAAUAGCCUACAUCUGCAACAAGAAAGAACAGGGUUAUAAGAGACGAUUGAAAGCACAGAGGCUGGCUUUUCUGAGAUUUCAGUGGCAAUGAGUGGACUGCGAAACCCUGCUAUCAUUGGACUCAUACUGUUGAUCUGCACCGCUGGAUACUGUAAGAAGAACACAGUUCCCACAGACACACGGGAAGGCAAAAGCCUUUUUGAUCGGAUCAUGGACAUCGUCAGACAUGCAAGAGAGCAUCGGGGAAGGAGCGGAUGCAUACUGCAGCAUACUUCAAAAACAGAAGAUUACUCAAUCGAUCCAAAGGAAGUGCACGAUUACAAGUCAUAUAAUGAGGAUCAAAUUCUUGAGAUCUUCCCAAGAGAUCUAAGAAAGAAGGAAAAGUUUUUAAAACACUUCACAGGUCCUCUGCACUUCAGUCCAAAGUGCAGGAAACAUGUUUACAGACUAUACCACAACACCAGGGACUGCACAAUACCAGCCUACUACAAACGAUGUGCCAGACUUCUCAUAAGGUUAGCUGGGAGUCCAAGAUGUACAGAAGGUUAGCUUAAGCAGCAUAACCAGAUACAUUGAAGAACCAAGAAAAAGUGCCUUGGAGAACCAGAGAACAAAUGAUUUAUAACACCCGUCAUACGCCAUUGUGAACAAAGAUUUAUUUUUACGAAAGGAAAGAUUUACUUCCAUAGACUUGGUAUUUUGUCACUACACGUCUUGACAAGGAUAGCUUGAUAAUAAAAUGGUACAUGUGUAGAUAUAGUUUUAAAACAAUAAAACAUGACUAAAUGGG